AUGCCCUGGGCGCAGACGGACCACUGCGGGCUGUCCCCGACGUCCUCGGUGGCGUCGUCCUCGUCGCACACCGCCUUCCAGAGCUCGUCGCCGCCGCCCGCCACCCCCGAGGACCUGUCCUCCCCGGGCAGCGUGAGCAGCGGAAGUAGCAGCAGCGCCGGCAGCACCAGCGCGGGGUCGAAGAAGCGCAAAGACAGCUCGGCGCCGCGCUACCAGUGCCCCGACUGCUCCAAGUCCUACUCCACCUUCUCGGGGCUGUCCAAGCACCAGCAGUUCCACUGCGCGGCGUCGGCCGGCGCGCAGGCCAAGAAGUCGUUCAGCUGCAAGUACUGCGAGAAGGUGUACGUGUCGCUGGGCGCGCUCAAGAUGCACAUCCGCACUCACACGCUGCCCUGCAAGUGCCGCAUCUGCGGCAAGGCCUUCUCGCGGCCGUGGCUGCUGCAGGGCCACAUCCGCACGCACACGGGCGAGAAGCCCUUCUCGUGCCCGCACUGCAACCGCGCCUUCGCCGACCGCUCCAACCUGCGCGCGCACCUGCAGACCCACUCGGACGUGAAGAAGUACUCGUGCGCCUCUUGCAGCAAGACGUUCAGCCGCAUGUCGCUGCUGACGAAGCACACGGAGGGCGGCUGCCCCGGCGUGGCGGCGGCCCAGCUGGGCGCGCUGCCGCCGCGGGAGGGCGUCGCGACGCACCUCCUGGAGCACGACGCCGCCGCGGCGGGCGUGGGGGUGGGCGUGCCGCUCAUGGCCCCGCAGGAGGUGAAGGCGUACCCGUAG